UAUUAAUUGAAGCAACUCAAUUGGAACUGACAUAAAUUUCUGAGUUGACAUAUUUUAGCUGGCAUUCUAUAUCUAAUUCGACGUGCUGUUAAGCUAUGGGAGUUUUUGGACAUUACUUUAGUUGAAUAUCCAGAAAGAUGCCGCGGCGAAUAACCAUAAAGUUUUGAAAUAAACAUUUGUCCCACCUAUUUGCAAGAACCCAAACUUUAGGCACUCAAUUGCAAUACCUGUAGGUUACGGGUCGCUAUGUGAAAAAAGAAAUCGGAAAAUCUGGCGGGAAUGCAAGUCGAGGCGACGAGGCCAUGGCGAUCAGCGCGCCACCGGCCAUCAUUCCCUCUCUGUUAUUCUCUCUCUCUCUCUCCCUCUCUCUCUGGUAUCCGAAAACCAGAAGCCUUGCCAGCGGCGGAAGAUGGAGGAGCCGGAGUCGGAAGAGGUGUCCUCGCAGGAACCGCUUCCACCGAUCACUGAUGACGAGGUCCGCCUCCACGGCAGCUCGCCCUCCGCCCUCUCUUCCUUCCUCUCUGAUUCGCCUGAAAACGCCAGCCUCCAUCUCUCCUUCCUCAUCUCCUUCCUCCGCCUAUUUUUCUCCCGUAGUAUUCCUCCUAACCCCCAAACAAUCUCUCUCAUCUCUCAGUCCCUCCUCCCUUCACUCCCGGUCCGCCUCCUUCCUUCUCUCAUGGAAACCCUUCUUUCCCUUUUCCAGGAGGCCCCGACCAUAGAUUCCGACCUCGCUCUCCCUCUCGAUCUCAUUCCAGUUGCUCUUUAUUUGCUCCAGUCCACCCCGUCGCUCAGGAUUCCUGGAUGCCACGACCAGGUACCUGCGAUCGAGUACGUAGACUCCGUGCUCGAUCGGAUUCUCGAGCUGGAGUGGACGCAUUCCUUCCUCUUGAGAAUCACUCAUCUGCUUCGUGAGUUCCCAUUUGGUGAGCGGAAGAAUUCGCGGUCGUCCGAGUUCCUGUUAAAGGUUUUCGCGGUUAUGGAAGGCGUUGAUCCUCAAGACGUUCCUCCUCUUGUUUACAAGAUCCUAAUUGUGGCUUCGAAGCGGUUCGACAGAAAGGUUGUCGCCGAUGGGAUAGUUGGAUUUUUCAGCGACGCGAGGGCAUGGCCAGCUCUGGUUCGGAGACAGGUGGAAGGAACGACCCUGCUGCAUCUGGAUUUCGUGGUGAAGCAGGAUCCGUUGUUGGGCCAGCAGUUCCUAAACACACUGAGGUCGAGUCCCGAGAGAAUGUCACACUUUGGGGUUGCAAUGUUGCUCUCUUUCGGGAGAAUUCGGAGGUUUGCCGAAGCUUCCAUGAGCGUUUUACGGAUCGCAGUCCUCAAUUCUCACCGCGAUCACCGCUUGGCAAGUGUUUGUAAAUGGCUUCCGGAUAAUGUAAAGGAAAAGUGCUUCAAGUCAGUUAAAAUGGUAGAACAGGCUAUACUAAGAGCGAUCCAUGAGAGCGGCUCCGGGAGGGAGUACAUUAUACCCAACAUAGUGGAGCUUGGGUUCCUUUUGUUGGAGUCAGCUGGUCGUUCUGACGAAACAAAAGAUGACGAGUUGUUGGGCGUUGAAGGACUGGGCAUUCAAACACUCAAGACAUUGUUUGAUGUCCAUGACAUGGCAAGAAAUGAGGUGAUUGAGCAGUGCAAGUUUCGGAUACUCUCUCUAAAGCCUCAACAGAGUGUGCCCAUUAUCAAACUUCUCAGCCGCCUGGUACAAAGUUAUCCUUAUCCGUUGCUGGAGCAUGUUGCCCAUCUGAAAGAGCUGUUGGACUAUUUCACAUUCAUGCACUCUGGAACCGCUCUGAGCAUUUUCAUUGCACUUUUACCGCUCACCAAACUCAGUCAUGAUCUUAAGAGGUAUAUGAUUCUGGUUGUCCGGAAGGCUGUAUUUAGAAGAGAAAUUGAAGUACGUGUAUCUGCAACCAGUGCAAUUGUUCAUCUGAUCCUGUCAGAACAGAAAGUUGGUAAGAUGGACUCUGAUUCGGUAUCUGAGAUAUCUAGCCAAGCUAGCUGCAGCCAGCAAGCUGAGGUAAACUGUCGGAUGGGAGCCACUCUCUUCCAAGUAAGGGGUCCACUAAGGAGGUGUCUAUCUCAGCAGGCACUAGUAAAAGAGACCUUGUACCAAGGCCUUGUGAAGCUUGUUUUGUUUGAUCCAUCUCUGGCGGAGAUUGUACUGGAUUUCCUUUUGCCUCAUUUUCUUAAAUUCAAUAUAUCCUAAGAGGAAUCCAAUUUUCGUCUUGUUUUGGACAAUUGUAUUAAAAUUGAGAAUGGGAAACCCUAUCUUGAUGAACCACUUGAUUGUUUGUUUUCAUGUGCUUGUUGGAUUCUUUUUCUCCAGCCGCCAGGUAAAACUAAGCAGCCAUUAGAUCAUUCAUGGUCUUGCUUUGGCUUCUGUCUUUCUCAGGAGAAUGAGCCUGGUGGGGUCUCCUGUGCUGAGGCAUUUGCAAAUGCUCUAUUGCAGAUAUUUUAACUAAGGAGGUAGACGCACAGUCUCUGGAUGGACAAACAACUAGUUACCAUGCAUUUAUUUUGUUGGGAAUUCUAGAGGUGCUGGUAAAUGCUGUUGCGACAGACUUGGAAAAAGCAAAGGAAGGAGAAAAAAAUCAAUAUGAAAAAGAACUUUAGAAUUUCCUUAAUUUGUAUGAUUCAAUUGAGAAGGUUUACUUUCCAAAGUCUACUAAGAAUGGUUCGAAGAGAAAGAGAGUGAACUCUACUUCCUCCGAUAUGUUUAAUGCGCCCAAUUGUGAGAGCAAAGAGGGCCAUGAAAAUGAGUUGCUGAAGCUCAGUCAAAGAAGAAGCCCUUUCCUGUCAACCGUGAGUGUUCAACAUUUAUUCAUGAUGGUGAUGCAAAAUGGUGAUGAAAGUCACAAUUGCCAAGCUGUUUCUCAGAAUCAUCGUCAAACUUCCCAACACAAGCCAUCCGCAUGUCACUCUAAGCUGAUUCGUUUUGUACUCAAUGCUUGUCUUCGUCAGUUAAAAACUUGCUCCUCGAUGGCAUCUGAUGACCCAUUGAAGGCUUUGAUAUAUGGAGAUAUCAAGUCCCUAGGGCUUCCAUUGUUGCAGCUGGUUUGCCUGCUUGAAUCACAUUUGGACACAGAGAAAAUACCAAAGAUCAAGGAAGCAAAAGAGAAAAGAGCUUUUGAUGAUGGAGAAGGAGUACUCCGUUUGUCCCUAAUGUGCCUGCAUGAGCUAUUCAAAAUAAUUCUAUUAGGGUCUCAUAUUGAGGAUACUCUAAACAAAAUGAUGUCUGAUUGGAAACAUAUGUUUAAUUCAGGGGAAAGUGCAUGUAUGGAAGAUAAUGAAGUUGGUCAAUGUGAUUUAUCUGUUGGAGAUCAGAAGCUGACAACAGUUUAUUUGUUUUUCAAGAUGGUUAUAAGGCCACUAUUUUGUAAACUUCUAGGACUUUCCCAAUUUUGAGAAUGUGAGGUUCUCCUUGAUAUUGCUUUGUUGCUGGGGAAAAUACUACCUUGCAGUUUGGCGAACUCUAUUGGAGAAUGGGCUAAUCAUAUGUGCAGAACUACAAAUUUGGCUAAUCCAAAGGCUUCACAAAGUUUGUCAGCAAUAGCUAUUUAUUUAAGCUCGUCCCCCAACGAUCUAGCAAUUGCUUGCAAUAUGGCAUCGGAGCUUCUGAAAGUCAUAGGAACAGAGGAGGAAUAGCCAAUUAAGGAGUCUAAAGUCUACCUUACAAUAAAUAAUUUGACAGGAAAUGCUGUUGCUACUCUCA